GAAGCCAGUGUACCAUGGUGUGCGGCGUUUAAAAGUUACUGUUCAGGAUUUGUGCUUUAGCUCUUUUCGUGAAGCUUCUGAACGGACGAGUUUGCUGGGAUGUCAUCAGAAGUGCUGCGGGUUCGAGUGAAGGCUCUGGAGGAGGAGCUGGAGAGACUGAAAGCUCAGCUGAGAGCAGAGACGGAGGAGAAAUCUCAAACGCCUGAGAGCGGGUCCAGACAGAAGAAACAAAGAGUGGAAAAACCCUUCGACUUCUCCGCUCACCCGCGCAGACACGUGGCUCUGCGUCUGGCAUAUCUGGGCUGGCAGUACCAGGGCUUCGCUGUGCAGGAAAACACUGAUAAUACUGUUGAAGCGCGGCUGUUCGAGGCUCUGCUGAAGACCAAACUGAUCCAGGACAGACAGACGUCCUGCUAUCACCGCUGCGGACGCACUGAUAAAGGAGUCAGCGCUUUCUCUCAGGUUAUAUCAAUCGACCUGCGCUCCACCCAGUAUGGAGGCGGUUUAGGUGUGACUGUUCCAGCUGAUGUUGAUGUCAAAGGCAAGACUUCGGCAGAUGAGCUACCUUAUGUGAAGAUCCUCAACCGAGUCCUGCCUCAGGACAUCCGAAUCCUGCAAUGGGCCCCUGUAGAGAGCGGAUUCAGCGCACGAUUUGACUGCCAGUCCCGGACAUACAGAUACUACUUUCCCCGAGGAGAUCUGGAUUUGGAGCUCAUGGCAGAGGCUGCAAAACGGUAUGAGGGAACGCAUGACUUCAGGAACCUCUGUAAGAUGGAUGUCGGUAAUGGAGUCCUGCAGUUUCAGAGGACCAUCUUGUCUGCCAGUGUCCAGCCAGCACAACUCCCACACCCCAGCGUCCACAAUGACCCGCACCAGCUCUUUGUCUUCCAGGUCAAAGGUCUUGCUUUCCUCUAUCACCAGGUCCGCUGCAUGAUGGCAUUGCUGCUGCUUAUCGGACAGAAACUGGAAGCUCCUGAAGUCAUUGAUCAACUGCUGGAUGUGGAGAAAAACCCAAGGAAACCUCAGUACAGCAUGGCGGUGGACUAUCCUCUGGUCUUGUACGAUUGCCACUUUGAGGGUGUGAACUGGAGGAAUGAAACCGAGGAGGAAAUCCACAUCCUGAACACGUUUCACCAACACUGGGUCCAGAAUGCAGUGAAAACCCAAAUUCUGCUCGGGAUGAUCCAGGGCCUUCAAAACACAAGCACAGAGAUGGGGUCUCUGCAGUGCUGGCUCAUGGAAGGGUCCCGGCAAAAAAAAUACCAACCUCUUUUGAGUCGGCCACGCUGUGAGAGUCUGGAGUCCAGGAUUCAGCACUUUGUGAAGAGAGGACGACUGGAGCAAGAAGAAGGAGAGAAUGGAGAGGAGACCACUGUUUUCAGGGGGAAAAGAUCCAAACAUGCUCAUCUGACAACAACAAACCAAAUACAGAACAAAAACAGUGAAGCAGAAACAGAGGAAAGUUCUUUACAAAACCUGUAAAUCUUCUGUCUUCUGCUGUCGGUUUUACUCUGUUUGAUUUGAAGGUAAAACAGAGACUUUGUUUUGUGUUUUCUUUUCUUCACAGCAGAAUUACCUCAUGCUCUGCAGAAAUAAUCUCUUUUAAUAAAGGAGUUUUCCACGUA